CUAUAAAUUAGGAGCACUUGGGAAUCUCUGUCCCUUUGCCUCCAAGCUCCACAAAGAACCCCUCUUUCUCUCUCUUUUUCUUGUGCAGUCCAAAGUAACCCUGCCAUGCCCCUCCAACUUCCCAUUAUUUACCAAUCAACCCGCAGGCUCUCUGUCCUUUUUCACCGCAAUAUUCGCACCCAAAACUUCUCUGGCAAAAGUACACAGUACACAGCACAGAGUUAGAGCAGGGGGGGAAAAUUUACCCAGAAAGGAGCAAAAAUUGCUGCGAGGAGUUGAGCUUUUUUGAGGGAUCUAAAACUGCUCGUGAUGGAGUGUGAUCUGGAAAUAGAGCAACCAGUAAAAUCUGGUGUUUUAAGGGCCAUUAAUUUUGACAUCCUAUCGGCUUCCGAUGCUGCAAACAUUUCAGCUAAGGUGGUAGGAGUAGUGAGUGAAGUAACGGACCCCGCUCUGGGGUUGCCAAAUUCAAUUUCUAAGUGCCAUACAUGCGGAGUGCAAGAUCCAAAGCGAUCCUCUAAUGUGACGGAUAUGAGAAGUAAACGCAGCACAAAAGAUGCAAAAGAGUGUGAAGGGCACUUUGGUCUAAUCAAUUUACCCUACACUAUUAUAAAUCCAUUUUUCUUACCUGAAGUUGCUCAAAUUCUGAACAAAAUAUGCCCGGGAUGUAAAUCUGUGCGCCGUAGCAGGAUCAAGAUUGCUGCUUCCGCAUCCGGGCAAUCCCAGUGGAAGUUUUGCAAGUAUUGUGAUGCUAAGUUCAAAAGUUAUCCACCAUUAAAAUUUAAAGUGUCCCCUAGAAACAUCUUCAAGAGGACUGCCAUUAUAGCAGAGGUGAACGAAAAGUUGAUGAAGAAAUAUGGGUUGGCUCCCGACUUUUGGGACAUAAUACCUCAUGAUGCACAAGCAGAAGGCUUUAGCACAUUAGUUGAGUGUUCUAAAGCGCUAGAAGAAAAUCUGGAAUCAAAUCAAAGAUUUUUAUCGCAUGCGCAGGUCCACUCUAUUUUAAAAGAAGUUGAUCCAUUGAUUCUUGAUACAUCCUUCAAAAGAAAAAGUUCUAUAUUCUUGAACUGUUUGCUAUUGACUCCCAACUGUCACCGGAUAAUUGAAUUUCGCCAAGACAUGCUAUUUGACGAAAGGAAUGGGCUUUAUAAAAAGCUGAUUGAUUUCAAAGGAACCGCAAAUGAGUUGAGCAUUCGCGUUCUUGAUUGCACCAAGAUAACAAAGCUAAGGGUGGCAAACACCGAAGCAACCCAAGACACCAUAUCAACAGCUUCUGGUUUAAAGUUCAUUAAAGAACUCAUAAUUGGAAAGCGUACAGACAAUGCCUUCCGGAUGGUUGUGGUUGGAGACCCAAAGCUACAUCUGAAUGAACUGGGUGUGCCAUGCUAUGUGGCAGAGAAUCUCCAGGUUGGUGAACAGUUGACGCCACUUAAUGCUGAAAAGUUGACCGAGACAUGCGAUGUCAUCAUUCUUAAAAAGGGAUUUGUCGUUGUCAGGAGAAAUGGCGAGCUGAUUAGAGUCACAGCAUUGGAGAAGUUAGAAAAAGGUGAUAUGGUUUAUAGGCCACUUGUCGAUGGAGAUGUGGUGUUAAUAAACAGGCCUCCGUCUAUCCAUCAACACUCUCUGAUUGCUCUUUUUGUCAAAGUCCUUCCUCUGAGCUCUGUUCUCAGUAUAAACCCUCUUAUCUGUUCCCCCCUUUGUGGAGACUUUGACGGUGAUUGCCUGCACGGUUUUGUUCCUCAGUCCAUUGAUUCUAAGGUGGAGCUUCAGGAGCUUGUUUCUUUGGAUAAGCAGCUCACUAACCGGCAGAAUGGGAGGAAUCUUUUGUCACUUAGUCAUGACAGUUUAACGGCUGCACACUUGUUACUUGAGGACAGAGUUUUACUUGACUGUUUUCAGCUUCAGCAGCUAAGCAUGUUCUGCAAUGGACAGGGAAAGUUGCCUGUUCCUGCCAUCAUCAAAGGGAUGUCGUGCGGGUCCUGUGCAUGGACAGGGAAACAGUUUUUCAGCAUGUUUUUGCCGGGAAACUUUGAUUAUAAAUUUCAGUCAGACAGUGUCUGUGUUAGCCAAGGAGAGGUUUUGUCCUCUAGUGGGUCUACUUGGCUUAGGGAUAGGACUUCUGAGAAUCUUGUGCACAGUCUUAUUAUGCAUUGUGGAGGAGAAGCUCUUCAGUUCUUGAAUGCUGCACAAGAUGCUCUAUGUGAAUGGUUAUCCAUGAGGGGGUUAAGUAUUUCUCUAUCCGACCUUUAUCUGUCGGAUGAUCCGGUAACCCGUAAGAACCUCCUUGAUGAGAUUUCUUAUGGUCUGAGAGAGGCAGAGACUCUGUCUUCAAUUUCCCAGAUGCUGAUUGAAGACAACCAAGAUUUUCUCACUGGGGCAUAUCUAGAAAAUGAAGAAUCUUUUGAUUUUCAAGUUCAAAAGAAGAUGAACUGGGUUGGGCAAAAUCAGGCUUCCAUAUCUUCCUUCAAGAGAGGAUUUAGGGAUAUCCAGAGUCUCUUUUAUGUGUAUGCAAGCAAUGAGAAUUCUUUGCUAGCUAUGUUGAAGGCAGGAAGCAAGGGAAACCUUCUUAAAGCCGUCCAGCACAGCAUGUGUCUUGGCUUACUGCACGCAUCCUGCACGUUGGGGUUUCAAAUCCCUUACCACCUUUCUUCCCCAUCAUGGAACAUUCCAGAACAUUCUGGACCCCACUUCCCGUGCGCCGUGGUGGAAAACUCCUUUCUUACUGGUUUAAACCCACUUGAAGGUUUUGUGCAUUCAUUGGUGACAAGGGAGGGCUCCUUUGGUGGUAAUGCAGAUGUUUCAGGAACAUUGACACGUAACCUCAUGUUCUUCAUGCGCGAUCUGUACAUCGGUUAUGAUGGGACUGUUAGAAACAAGCAUGGGAACCAUGUGGUUCAAUUUUCUUACGCGUCAAAAUCAUUUAGUCAGGAUGUUGUGGGAGGUCAUCCUGUUGGUUCGUUGGCAGCUUGUGCGCUCUCUGAAGCCGCAUAUAGUGCCUUGGAUCAACCUGUGAGUAUUCUUGAGCCAUCGCCUCUGAUGAACCUGAAGAAAGUGCUUGAAUCCGGGGCAAAAAGAAAUAUCGGUGGAAAAACAGCAUCAUUAUACUUAUCCAAGAAACUUGUCAAGUAUUGCAAUGGAUAUGAAUACAGUGCUUGGGAAGUUAAAAGGCAUUUGGAAAGAAUGCUGUUUUCAGACAUUGUAUCUACUGUAUUGAUCUGCUUCUCCCCAGAGACUUGUCAAAAGAGAAGGAGCCCAUGGCUGUGCCAUUUUCACAUCAACAAUGAACUUGCUAAGAGGAAAGGUAUAAAGGUUCAAUCCAUCGCCAGUGGCCUGAGCAUGCAUUGCGCAGACACAAAAGCUAAGGCGAAAUUUGAAUUUCCCAAACUGCACAUAACUUGCACGGAUUGUUCUCUUAAGAAAGAAAGAGAUGCUUGCAUUUCAGCUGCAAUUGAUGAAAGCUCAGAAGAAUCCUCUCCCGGAUACGAUACCCUUCGGGAUGUUGUCAAGCCAUUCUUACUUGGAACUGUCAUUAAAGGCUUCUCUGCAUUCAAGAAGGUUGACAUCUUAUGGAAAGAAGGUCCGAAGGGAGCUUCUGGAGAACUUUGUUUGCAGGUUUCAAUGUCAGAGAAGUGUGUGAGAACCAAAUUUUGGCCUAUCCUUGUUGAAAGCUGCCUGCCAAUUAUGGACUUGAUUGAUUGGCAGCGCAGCCAUCCAGAUGAUAUCCAGGACAUUUCCCAAACAUUCGGCAUAGACCUUGCGUGGAAUUCCUUCUUAAAUCGUCUAAGCUCUGCAAUGUCGGAUGCUGAAAAGGAUAUACUUCCGGAGCAUUUGGCCCUUACCACAGAUUGCUUGUCUGCAACGGGAGAAUUUGUUGCUUUGAAUGCCAAAGGGCUGGCAGACCAAAGAAAAGCAUACUCUGUCUCUGCACCCUUUUCUCAAGCGUGUCUAAAGAAUCCUGGGCCUGUGUUUGUCAAAGCAUCCAAGAUGGGAUCGGUUGAUCUUCUACAAGGGAGUGCUGAAGCUUUGUCAUGGGGAAAGGUUCCUUCUGUCGGCACUGGAUUCCAAUUUGAAGUUUUAUAUUCUGGGGAGGGGCAUAAACUUGCAGAACCCACCGACGUCUACAGUCUGUUGGGUAUUCAGUCAACUCUGAUGAAGCAGAAUCCAGUGGUAGACCCCACAGAGACCAUUGAAAUUCACAGAAAAUCUCGUGGCCCAAAGCCACGCAAAUACGAGGACAUUGAUCGGGAGAGACGCGAGAAUCUGUUGCGCAAAUCAAUCUCUAAAGCGUUUUCUCUUGAUGACAUUCAAAAGCUAUCCCAAGCCCUCAGUAAUAUGCUGAAAGCAUACCGUGUUGAUGAGCCGUUGAAGGAAUCUGAUAAGUCAAUUGUAAUGAAAGCACUGUACUUUCAUCCUCAACGAGAUGAGAAAAUUGGGACAGGUGCUCGUGAAAUUAAGGUAGGGCGUCAUGAAAAGCACCAAUCGCCCUGCUUACGCUCAGAUGGAACGGUUGAGGACUUUUCGUACAGGAAGUGCGUUCACCGUGCCCUCGAGCUCAUUGCCCCAGACAAGGCUAAAACCUACCAAUCCAAGUGGAUGAAAGGCAAAGACUUGCCCGUCGCCGCGACGGGUCAAGGGGGGAGGCUCAUUCAAUCAUAGUGCUUUUUGUACUUUGUACAUUUUGGGUAUAUAAAAGAAGAUGAAGAAACAUGUCCUAAGUGAUAUUAGGCUGUGUAGUUAUU